AUGCUUCCAACUUCCGUCAAACAGCCUAUCUUGGGUCUUGUGAUAUUAUGGCUUUCCUUUUUCACAACUGGUAUUCACUCGUCCCAUCCUGAUGUUGGCGAUGAAUUGCAUGAUCUUCACACCAGAGCACAAGUCAACACUGUGGACGUUGCUAAACUCAACUUUAGGGAAGGACUAGGGUACAUCCUGCCACAGGCGACACGGCAAGGGCAACCAGGAAAUAACAACAAGCACUGGUUACAGAGAAACGGAAAGUGGGUUCAAGAAGGGCCACUGCAUUACUAUGAGUUCAUGCCUCGGACAAGAAACAUACCAAUCACUACCCUUGAAAUUCCGCAAUGGCAAGCCGAUCUACCUGAACCAACAACUGUUGAUGCCCUCCAGGAUGCUGCAGCCACGCUUCAUGCUGACAAAUAUAAAGGCGAGAUUGAUUUGAAAGUUGUCAGUCCUCAAUACAGAGGCAACAACGGACAUAGGCGGUUCAUUGCUGCAGUCAACAACAAGCUUUUGAGGUUUCAGAGUCAACACGGGGCUGAGUUUCAAGCAGGAGGGAGAUACUACGAGCAAAAAGUAAGAAUGGACGAGAUUAGCUCGCGAAUGGUCACACUUCGGGUAGCGGAUACUCAAAACUUCCUUAUUCGAUGGAUGACAGGAGAUAAGCCUGGAAUGUGGAAUCUCCAGGAAGUACCAGAAGGCCAGAGCCAAGCGCGAUCUACUGUCACCACUUUGGAAGUGCCCAGUGGUGUUCCGGGAGUUGCCAACUACAAGACUGUUGAUUUUCUCGCAACAUAUAACGAUCCAAAGAACGAAGCAAAGCUGCAGCUGAAAGGUUUUACGAGUGUGGCUGAUUUAGCGAAUUGGGCUGCACAACUUGGGGACGAGGAUAUCCAGAACCCGACGGUUGCCUACUCACGAGAAAAUGUGAGCCAUUUUAAGGAGAUCCAGCAAUGGAGGCUAAUUGCCAACUCACAACCUUGCCCCAUUUGA